AUGCCUCGACGUAUAGCCUUAAUUUACUUCAUUAUCUCAACAGCGAACAAUUUUUUUACAGCAGCAGAUUUAUCUGAAAUGAACGGACAAAGUGGCACUAAUUCAUUGACAACAAAAUUUCGGCAGUAUGCACUUGGAUCAACACCUGGACUUAGCCUUGGAGCUCUCGGACUUGCCAGUAAUCCAUUUUCUGGUUUAUCUGCGCUGCCUGGAUUGAUGUCUGGAGGACUUGGCACAAUUCCUGGCCUUCCAGGCAUCGCUUCUGGUCUUACUGGUUUACCGGGCAAUGUUCCUAGCCUUACUAGGCUACAGGGAUCAGGUGUUGGUUUGCCCGGACAGCCGUUUCGUGAUCAAGCUACCGCAGUUUGA